CAUAUCAUUUCUUUGCUCGGCCAGUUCUGGCACGAUGACUGUAUGGGCCUUCGAGCAAGUGCCUGAGCCCGCAAACAUCUCGACCAGACCCUUCGAUGCAGUACCUCGCCGUGACAAAAUGUCGCACAGAUACACAUGACGGAGCUUCUGGUCGAGGGAGUCACUCUCUCGCCCACGAAAGCCGAUGCCAGCCAGAGCAGUUGUGCAAGGUGGCUCGGAGAGUGCAUGAUCUGAGGGAGGACAGGAAAAAACCUCGUUUGCCACGUUACAUGAGCUCGAGAGAUUCAACCAAGAGACGGAUGACGGUAUGGCAACACGACCAACGACCUGUCCACCGUUUCCUUGCCUCCGCACCGUUACGCAAAAAGAUACACGCUCAAAUGCCAUACUACCUCCUACGGCAAAGGGAAUACCUCAACACAGUGCAAAUGCACGUUAGUCCGAAGGUUCUCCUCGUAGUCUCCUCAGCUGACGGGACGCCUCCUGCAACCACCCACCUCCGAGGCCCCCCUUGGCUUGAUUCAUGUUGGAUUUCCACAAGUCGCACCCAAGUAGGCCAAGUGGUCCGCCCGGCCCGACCCCGUACGGGACACCUUCCCCUCGCAGCGCCACAUCCGGGUGCGGCUACGCUUUUCAUUUGUCGGUGCAGAAAAGAACCCCCGCCCAGGGCCCAGGCGUUUGGUCAUCUUACGGGAGCCCAUCGGCACCGGAUCGGGACCCGGAAGUAGAUGCGCAUAUGCAUGCAACUCGUGCAGCAGAGAGAAAACUGCUUUGCUUGCCAAACACAGUAAGGCUCAGUAGACUGAACCUUGUGAUAGGCUUGCGUCUUGACACG